GUGGGAGGAUGGUUGGUACAGGUGGGAGGAUGUUUGGUACAGGUGAGAGGAUGGUUGGUACAGGUGAGAGGAUGGUUGGUACAGGUGGGAGGAUGGUUGGUACAGGUGGGAGGAUGGUUGGUACAGGUGAGAGGAUGGUUGGUACAGGUGGGAGGAUGGUUGGUACAGGUGAGAGGAUGGUUGGUACAGGUGAGAGGAUGGUUGGUACAAGUGAGAAUAUGGUUGGUUCAGUUGACAGGAUGGUUGGUACAGGUAAAAGAAUGGUUGGUACAUGUGAGAGGAUGGUUGGUACAGGUGGUAGGAUGCUUGGUACCGGUGACAGGAUGGUUGGUACAGGUGGGAGGAUGGUUGGUACAGGUGGGAGGAUGGUUGGUACAGGUGGGAGGAUGGUUGGUACAGGUGGGAGGAUGGUUGGUACAGGUUGGAGGAUCGUUAGUACAUGUGGGAGGAUGGUUGGUACAGGUGGGAGGAUUAUUGGUACUAAUGGGAGGAUGGUUGGUACAGGUGGUAGGAUGGUUGGUACAGGUGAGAGAAUGGUUGGUACAGGUGGGAUGA